GGCUACUGAUGCCACCCUAUGAUGCUGCCACCGCCAGAGCUGUCCAGGCAGAACAGCCCUGGGGAGAAGUGUGUGCUCACAGCUUCCGUGGCCCCAUUCUCAUCCUGCUGCACUUGCUCCUGCACACUUGCUGCCGGCACCAUGCAGCCCCCUCGCUGCCACCACCUCCUCCUCUUCCUUCUCCUCCUCCUUCCUGGGACAUGGGCAGACCCAGAGGACUCUUAUAAACUCCACCUUUUUGAAGCCGCAGUCAUCCACAACACCAGCUUUGUGGACAUUUUGGCACGGGCCACCCUGCAGGACAUCGUCUUUGCUACCCUGGAUAAAUACACCAGGAACAUCCUCUACCUAUACCCAUGGGUUUACCCAGCCCUCCCUGCAGCAGAGUGGGAGAACCUGCAGAACCUGUUCAAGAUCUAUGAGCACAACUUCAUCCUGUCCCUGUCCCAUGAUGCCACACAGUCCCAGACACCCCACCCCUUCGUGAUCCAGGGCGCGGCCGGCUGUGACUUGUAUCCCAACGGCUCCUAUACCAAAUUCUACCAUCUUGCCUACAAUGCCCAAAAUUUCCUCAGCUUUGACGUGGACAAGAGCCACUGGGAGAAACAGCAGGAGAGUGAGCUGGCGGCACAAGUAGAGAGUCAGUUCAACACCUUCGUUGGCUUCACUGCAACCCUGCAGUACCUUCUCAAUGUCACCUGUAUUGACCACAUGAAGAAAUUCAUCGAGUACGGGAGGGCUGAUCUGGAGAGACAAGUGUUGCCCGUGGCCACGGUCUUCGCCCGCACGCCCAGACCAGACCAGCUCCUCCUGGUUUGCCAUGUCACCGGCUUCUACCCACGGCCCAUCAGCGUGUCCUGGCUGCGGGAUGGCCAGGAGGUGCCACCGGGCCCGGCCCUCAACACCAGUGCCAUCCUGCCCAACGCUGACCUCACCUACCAGCUCCGCAGCGUCCUGGCUGUGGCCCCCCAUGAUGGGCACAGCUACGCCUGCCGUGUGCGCCACCGCAGCCUGGGCACCCACAGCCUCCUCAUCCCAUGGGGCAGCUCCACGGUAGCUCUCAGUGUCGGCAUCACCCUUGUGGUGCUGUUGGUCAUUGUUGCAGCCCUUGCUGGAGCCAUCUGGCACUACAGGUGCAGGAGCUGAGAGCACAGAACACACCACACCAAGGAUGCCCUGAGGUCACACUGCCUGCUGACAUCUCCCUGAUAAUAAAAAGCUAAUUAACACCA